GGGAGAUGCCUCCCUUGCCUUCGACAACGAUGGAAGCAGAGUCUAUCAAGUUGCAGUCUACCUCGGGGCCUACGCAACCAGAGCUCUCUGUCCUCGAGCAGGUCGAGGUGAAGGUCCACGUCAAGCACGAUUCAUCACCUCGGCUCAAGCGGUGUUCUUCGCUACCACCUUUUGUUGAUUCUCUUUCUCCCUUCAUCGACUCUCCGUCCCCCUUCAUCGACUCUCCCCUGCCUCUCACUGAGCACUCCUCGGGUGUCUUGGGAGGAAAUAGCAACACUGAGCUCCUAGCUGAAGUCACCUCACUAUGCCACGACCUGCAGUUGUCAACUUACGAGUAUGCCACCCUCGAAGACCGCUACGGGAAGCUAUGGAGCCGACACCUUGAGCUCCGGAAGACAGCUUCUGCAUACGAUGAUAUCAUUCGAGGCUUUCCUUCCCAUGAAGGACAGACCGUCAGUAUCGAUCAGUUACAAUCUGAAGCUGGCCGUGAGGGUCUGCGAGCGAAAGCUCUCGAGGCAGACAUUCUCAGGCCCACCAUACGAGAGGCUGGUGGAUUGCAGGCUCUAGUGUCGCAGGCGAACCUUGUAAACUCGCUGAUUGAACAAGCAGGCGGUUUACAAAAGUUGGUAGAGUCAUUAUCAGAGACGCACACACUUCGAAAGAAAGUGGAAGACAUGGCCGAGACGUCUAGGCACGAGUCCCAACAACACACCUCGUUGAUGUGCGAACUGGCGGAGGUCAGAACCAAGGCUCAAAAGUACGAGAAACUUCAGCAAGCAUUCGCCACGAUCCAGAAGGAGCCUGCCGAUUCUCACUCUAAACAACAAGGCCUCGCGUAUCCAAGCUUGACCGUCGGCCGGGAUAUGAACCAGUCUCGGAAAGCUUCCAUGCUCGCCAGUUCGCAGUCUACGAGAAGCAACGCAUCAUCUGUGUCUAUAACCAUGAACCCCGAACGAGCAAGACUGUUGUCUGGUGCCUCCUUCGAUAGCGGUUUCGGGCGCGACUUGCACAAUACAUCACCUCCUCCUGUAUUCCAACCUGAGAGAAAGACAGGCGCAAACAGUGUGCCGCUGAGAGCUCCUCUCGGCCUUCCAUGGCGGGCCGAUUUGAAUUACGGACGCCUGAAUGCAAAGCGCAAAGAGCCAGGAGAAGCAUCAGGAAACGUAGCAAAGCGGCCACGUCUCAAUGUUGAGCGAGCUUCGGCUAUGGUUCACGGAUCAUUGGCAGGACAAGCUCAGCCCAACACCAACAACUUCGACUCUCUUCUGAAGCAGCACAGUCGAAUCCCUGGUAACACUCCAGAGACACACGCUCGUGUAGACAAGCUGGCGUUCCAAUUGUUACCUAUGGCUUGGCCUAUUUCAAUGUCACUGCCAGUGUUGAUGUCCCAAAAGGUUGGUGUUGCAUCUGAUAUCAAACCGGGUGGUUGGAUUGUCGAGCAUGUACCUCGAGUGCAUACAAUAACGACCGAGCCUAUUCAGACCACUUCGACAGAGGAGACUAACGUCAAGUUGGAGGAGGGCGAGUUAGAGGAUGACGAUCAGAAGCCACAGAUUAUGGCGCUCUCAAAGUGCCAGUUGUCCGUCCAGGCUGCUAUGGGGCUCAAGCGCUAUCCUAUUGCGUUCUUUCAUGGGGCGCCCGAUCCAAAGCAAGGUAUCUGUAAAGGGCUAAAAGCUGGCAACAUUCCUUCUCACGUAGCAGACUUUCUUGCCAAUGAAUUGUCAAAAUUCAUCAGCAACUCGAACGUUCACUUGUGGAACUCGAUGCCCCCGAACAAGAACAUAUGUAUCCUCAGUUACCUGAUCGACGGUCAUAGACCUUCAGAUCAACCUCAACCACGUAGGGCCUGUUCGGUAUGUUCAUCUGAAGACCAACAGCCCAGACCAUGCGCCAUGCUCCAGGACUUCUUCGGUGCUCGGAUAGUUAUCUUCCUACCGCUACACGAAAAACAAAGGAACAAGAUUGGCUGUAAGGACAGAGGGUUUUGGGUAUUGGGUGCUCAGUAG